AUGACCCUCCGCGUCCUCAUCAUCGGCGCCGGCACCGGCGGCCUCGCCCUCGCCCACUGCCUCCUCCAGUCCUCCUCCACCGCCGUCCCCAUCUCCGUCACCGUCUUCGAGCGCGACCGCACCCGCCGCGACGGCCUGCAGGGCUACCGCGUCGGCAUCUCCCCCGAAGGCGCCCGCAGCCUCUCCGCCUGCAUCCCCCCUUCCCUGUUCUCCCUCUUCCGCGCCACCGCCGCCGCCACCCCCGACCACCUCAACAUGUUCACCGAGCACCUCUCCGAGCUCCUCAGCAUCUCCGGCUUCGCUUCCCCCGCCGCCGACGGGGUCGCCGCCGAGUACUCGGUCAGCCGCAUGACCCUCCGCCAGCUCCUCCUCACCGGGCUCGAAGACGUCGUCCAGUUCGACAAGCGCUUCACCCGUUAUGAGAACAACGCGGACGGCACGGUGACCGCGCACUUCGAGGACGGGUCCUCCGCGGUCGGCGACGCGCUCGUCGGCGCGGACGGGACCAACUCCCCCGUACGCAGGCAGUACCUCCCGCACGCCGUCGUCCGGGACUCGGGCCUGCGCGGCCUCGGCGUCAAGGUGCCCCUCACCGCGGAAACACGGGCCCUGCUGACCCCGCAGAUGCUGCGCGGCGUCACCAUGGUGCACGCUGCCCACGGCGACACCGCCAUCCUGCACGUCAUGGAGUUUCCCUGGGACGCCGACCACGGGCCCCUCCCGGGCGCCGUCGGCUCCUCCGACGCCCACCUGCUCGCCGCAUGGCCCGGCGCGCUGUUCGACAACACGCGCGACUACGUGCUCCUCGGCUUCGGCGCCCCGCGCGCGCGCCUCCCCGAUGACGUGCUCGCCCUGCCGGGGGAGGCGAUCCGGGAGCUGCUCCUGGAGCGCACCGCCGCGUGGCAUCCGAACCUGCGCAGGCUGUUUGAGCUGUCCGACCCGACCACCGGCUUCGCGCUGGCGGUGCGCACCAGCGAGCGCGUGUCCCCGGCGUGGGCGAGCUCGCAGGUCACGCUGAUCGGCGACGCGGUGCACACGAUGACGCCGGGGCUGGGCGUCGGCGCCAACACGGCACUUCUGGACGCGCGCAUCCUCGGCGAGCGGCUUACACGCGCCGCGGCGGGCGAGCUUGGUGUCGUGGAGGCGGUGGCGGGGUACGAGGCGGAGAUGCACGGGUACGCGUGGGAGCGCGUGGAAAAGUCGCUGGAGCGCUUCGACGAGAGCGACGCGAUAUACAGGCCCGGGUGGACGGGCUGGCUGGCGAUGAUGGGCAUGCGCGCCGGGUUACGGCUGGUCAACAACGUGCCGCCGCUGAAGCGCAGGAUGGCCGCGCAGAUUCAUCGUCAGCGCGGGGAGAUGGAGGAGCGGCCUGAAAAGUGA